AGGCAUUCCGAUCCACUGAGCAUGCUCAAUCUGUGUGACUGAUUUUUUUUUUAAUCAAGUACAUCAACAAGAUCACCACCAUACAGGCUUUAUGAACAUCAGACCAGCAAAGUGACCACAGAAAGCCAUUCUCAAAUUUGUCAUCAAUGGACCCAAACUUGGGGAGAAGAACUCCUUCGAUCUGUAACAAUGGUUUGAGUCCCAGCCUCUAAUUUCUUCUUCCUCAAACACUCCAAUUUCUACCGAAGGGGCAAUAUUCGGGGAGAUGCAGUCAUUUUGUUGGUCAACAGGAGCACAGAAGCAAGAUGAUGUCCUAGCAGUGGAUCACAGCAACAGCCUCCUCCAGAACAAACCCACCACUGCAAGCUGCCAGACCACUGUGCCAGCUAAGUGGAGUAAAGACCACCAUUUAGAGAACUUCAUGUGAGCCUUAUAGAAGAAACUUUCCAACUUGCUUCUUUGCUUUUGCAGUCUUACCAUUUCUGAUAAUUAGGUGUGGUCUCUCAGUCUGAAACAGCCAAGACAUGACUCACAGCACGGAGGACCCUGUCGAAAUGUUUGGAGAUAUUAACCUCACUCUUGGGAUGCUGAACAAGGAAGAUAAUGGUAGUAAGGAAGAAAUAUACAGUCAUCUCACUUCUGUUAUUCAAAACACAGACAGCUUAGAUGAUGCAGUUGUUCAACGGCUGAUUUAUUAUGCUUCAAAGGACAUGAGAGACAACAAUAUUCUCCGAGAAAUCAGAAUGCUAGCUGGUGAAGUUCUGGUGUCUCUUGCUGCACAUGAUUUCAAUUCUGUGAUGUACGAAGUCCAAAGUAACUUCAGGAUCCUAGAGCUACCAAAUGAAUUUGUUGUGCUUGCCCUGGCUGAACUUGCAACGAGUUAUGUGUCCCAGAGCAUCCCCUUCAUGAUGAUGACCCUGCUCACAAUGCAGACCAUGCUCAGGCUGGCUGAGGAUGAAAGAAUGAAGCAAACUUUCUGUAUUGCCCUGGAGAAGUUCAGCAAAGCCAUUUACAAGUAUGUCAACCAUUGGAAAGAUUUCCCCUAUCCCAGACUGGAUGCUAACCGAUUAUCUGACAAGAUCUUCAUGCUGUUCCAGUAUAUAAUGGAGAAAUGGGCCCCAACAGCAUCACCUGCACAUAUUUUGGUCAUCAUUAAGGCCCAUGGCCCCACAGUGAGCUUGCUGCUGCACCGAGAAGACUUCUAUGAAUACGCCAUGAGCCAGAUACCCUGGCUCCUGAACCAAUAUAAAGACCAAGAAACCGACUUUCACAUCACUCAGAGUCUAAAGCAAAUAUUAGCAGCAGCCGUCCUCUAUGACAUUGUCCUUCCGAGGAACCUGAGAAAAUCCAUCUUUAUCAAUUUACUCCACCAGAUCUGCAGGGUUCCAAAACCUCCGGUGAAAGAAAAUGAAAUUGAAGCUUCAAGCUGUUUCCUCAUUCUAGCCCAUUCCAGCCCUGCAGACCUGGUGGAAUUUUUUGAUGAACAAAUAAGAAGUAAUAAUGAGAGCAUUCGGGUGGGAGUCCUGACUUUGUUAAGAUCGGCUAUCAAUGCUGAAGAGCCUAAGUUGAGAGACCACAUCAUUUCAAUUGAAAGAACAGUCAAAGCCAUCAUGGGUGACCCCAGUAAAAAAGUAAGAAAUUCCACCCUUCUCCUCAUCCAAACCAUGUGUGAAAAGUGCUAUGUGGAAGCUCGGGAAGGAUGGCCGCUGAUCGACUAUGUCUUCUCUCAAUUUGCCUUGUCCAACAAGAACUUGGAGAAACCAGUGAAAACUAAUUGUCAGGAGGAUGAUACAGGGGAGAAAGUGGUCCAAGAAACCAGCUUAGAGGUCUUAAGGACUCUGGACCCACUGGUCAUUGGAAUGCCUCAGGUGUUAUGGCCAAAAAUCCUUACUUUUGUGGUACCUAUGGAAUAUACGGGAACUCUGGAAUACUUAUUUAACAUCAUCAGAAGUCUGAUUAUGGCAGAGGAAAGAAAGCAGCAAAAUGUCAAGGAGUCCACAGCACUUGUCAUCUCCACGGGAAUGGUCAAACUCCCUACAUCGCAGCAGCUCCUGGCCAGGCUUCUGGUAAUAUCCAUGCUUGCCAGUUUAGGGAAAUUGUGUGGGGCUGGUGCAAUAGGACUUUUGAAGAUAUUGCCUGAGUUAAUCCAUCCCAAAUUAGUAGGACUAUGGAAAACACGCUUACCUGAGCUCCUGCAGCCUCUGGAAGGAAAUGCCAGUAUCGUGUUAUGGGAAACCAUGCUGCUUCAGCUGCUCAAAGAAUCUUUGUGGAAGAUCAAUGACACACCCUGGACCAUUCAGUUGAGUCAGGAUUUCAACCAGCAAAUGGGCAGUUACAGCAACACCUCCACUGAGAAGAAAUUCCUUUGGAAAGCCAUAGGAACCACCUUAGCCUGCUGCCAAAACACAGAUUUCGUGAGUUCACAAAUUAAAGAAUUUUUGAUUGCUCCCACUCAACUGGGCGAUCCAAGACAGGGAACAACAUCUGUUUUAGGAUGCUGUGCUGAGAACCACUUGGAUAUUGUUUUAAAAGUUCUUAAAGCAUUCCAAGAUCAGGGAAAGUUUUUCAUGAAUCGAUGUAAGGGCAUUUUUUCUGGGAAAAAGAGCCUGACUAAGACAGAUGUCAUGGUGAUCUAUGGAGCUGUGGCCCUCCAUGCUCCCAAAAAGGAACUUCUCUUGAGGGUUGAGCAAGAUAUCGUGUCCCAAGUCUUGUUUCUUUACACCCAGUGCUCUCAGGUUCUGGGCAUGUCUGUGAUGAACAAGGACAUGGAUCUGCAAAUGAGUUUCACCAGAAGCAUCACUGAGAUUGGCAUUGCUGUCCAAGAUGCCGAGGACCCAGCGUUUCAGUUUUCCUACAAGGAGCUGCUCAUUGGUCGCAUGCUGGACUUCAUUAGGGAUGAGCCACUGGAUUCCUUAGCAAGCCCUAUUCGGUGGAAGGCCUUAAUCGCCAUCAGAUACUUAAGCAAACUGAAGCCUCGGCUCUCACUAAAUGAUAACCUCAAUAUUCUUGAGGAGAACAUUCGGAGGUUGCUGCCCCUUCCACCUCUGGAACGUCUCAGAAAUGAGGGUGAGACAGACAAGGACAAGCAACACAUACAUUUUCUCUACGAACGAUCCAUUGAUGCCCUAGGAAAGCUGCUGAAGACCAUGAUGUGGGAUAACGUGGAUGCUGAGGACUGCCAGGAAAUGUUCAGUCUGCUCCGCAUGUGGCUUGUCUCACAGAAAGACUGGGAAAGAGAAAGAGCCUUCCAGAUCACCGCAAAAGUACUAUCCAAUGAUGUUGAGGCCCCAGAGAACUUUAAAAUAGGUUCACUCCUUGGACUCCUGGCUCCGCACUGCUGUGAUACGUUACCCACCAUUCGUCAGGCUGCUGCUAGCUCAGCCUUUGGUCUGUUCUAUAUAAAGGGCACUCACCUGGAAGUAGAAAGGCUGCAGGCAUUACUGGAAGGGCUAAAAAGUGAUGAUGUGCAAGUACAGAUCAACAUUUCCUCUAAAAUAGCUAAGAUUGUCAGCAAAUUCAUCCCAAGUGAAGAAAUUGAGGUGUUCCUGGAGGAAACACUAGAUGGUCUGGAAAGCCUUAACCCCAUGUGCACCAAGGCCUGUGGCAUAUGGAUGAUCGCAGCCCUGAAGGAGCAUGGAGCUGCUCUCGAAGAUCAGCUGCUGGAGAUCUUGGGCACAAUUUAUCAUCACAUGCCAGUCCUCAGGCAAAAGGAGGAAAGUUUCCAAUUCAUGCUGGAAGCCAUCUCCCAGAUAGCCAGCUUUCACAUGGAUGCAGUCACCGUCCACCUUCUAAGGAAGCCUCUGCCCUUUGAUAGGGAUACAAAGACACUGUGGAAGGCACUGGCAGAAAACCCAGCCUCCAGUGGUAAACUCAUGCAAGCCUUGAUAGAAAAGCUGGGCAUCGGGUUGGAAGAUGACAUUGCUGGGGUAGAAGCGAUCUCGGUAGCCUGCGCUAUGUACGAAGUGAUCUCAACAGGCACCCCCAUCAGCGAUGUGUAUCCAGAGCUAUUUGUUCUCCUCCUGAAGCUGGUCAGUGUCACGCUGGGCCAGAAGAUGUCCGCUGUUAACUUGAGCCGCAGGCGUCGCGUGAUUCAGCAGGGAGAAAGACAGCAGAUCCCAGACCCCUGCAGGCUCUCAACUAACACUCUGAAAUGUCUGCAGACCCAAGCCACGAAAGAAGGCCUUGCAAAAGAAUCUUAUGAGGGGGACAACCUAUGGAGCCUCCUCAGCAGUCCUGCCACCCAUCACCUGGGAGUAUGUGCACUGGCCAGAAGUAUGGCAGUAUGGCAAUAUGGAGUCUUACUGGAUGUCAUGGAGCAACUAUUCUCAUCUCUGACCUCCUCCUCAGAGAACUACCGGAUAACUGGCACAGCUUUUUUCUCUGAGCUCAUGAAGGAGCCCAUCCUUUGGAAGCAUGGGAAUCUGCGGGAGGUGCUGAUCUUGAUGGAUCAGAGUGCCUGGGACUCCAAUGCUACUCUGAGGCAAAUGGCCAUCCGAGGACUUGGCAACACUGCAUCUGGAGCACCUCACAAGGUGAAGAAGCACAAGCAGCUCAUGCUGGAAUCUGUCAUCAGAGGCCUGUAUCACUUGGCUCGCACGGAAGUCGUCAGUGAAAGCCUGAAGGCCCUCAAAAGGAUCCUGGAGCUGCUCACAGACAGAGACGUGAGCUUCUACUUCAAAGAAAUAGUGCUGCAGGCAAGAACCUUCUUUGAAGAUGAGCAAGAUGAUGUGAGAUUGACUGCCAUCUCAUUGUUUGAGAAUUUGGCAUCCCUAACAGGAAAAAGAUGGAAGGCAUUUUUUGCUGAAGAAAUUAAAAAGAGCAUGAUUUCAUUCCUUCUCCACCUCUGGGAUCCCAAUCCCAAGAUUGGAACUGCCUGCCGUGAAGUCUUGGUUGUCUGCAUUCCUUUCCUGGGUCUGCAGGAACUCUAUGGAGUGUUGGACUAUCUCCUUGACCAGGAGCUACCACGAGCCAGGGAUUUCUACAGGCAAUUUUGUGUGAAACUGGCAAAGAAAAACCAGGAGACCCUGUGGAUCCUGCACACACACUCACUCAUCUUCUUCUCCAGCAACUGGGAGAUGAUCAGGAGUGCAGCUGUCAAACUCACAGAUGCCAUUGUUCUCAAUUUGACCAGCCAAUAUGUGGAGUUAUUAGACAGAGAACAACUGACCACACGGCUCCAAGCACUUCGGCAAGACCCCUGUAUCAGUGUCCAAAGAGCAGCUGAAGCUACUUUACAGACCCUCCUGAGAAGAUGCCUAACUUGCUCAGGUUUCGAUAAGAGACAGGCAAGGGGCAGAGUCUGCUGAAAUGUGAGACAUUUU